AUGGCAACCCUCGGCGACGACCUCCUCCGCACCGUCAACAAGCUCCAAGACCUUGUCUUCAACACCAUCGGCAAUGACUCCCUUGAUCUUCCCCAGAUAGUCGUGGUCGGGUCUCAGUCCUCGGGAAAGUCGUCGGUUCUUGAAAAUAUUGUUGGCAGAGACUUCCUCCCUCGGGGUAGUGGCAUCGUCACUCGUCGACCGCUCAUACUGCAGUUGAUCAAUAUUCCGCCGGACGACGAUGACGCCACCAAUGGUGACGAUGAAGUCCACAUACCACACACUCCGGCCAGCGUCGCCGAGCAUGGGGAGUGGGCGGAGUUUCACCAUAUUCCCGGUCGCAAGUUCAGGGACUUCAAUCAGGUUCGUGCCGAGAUCGAGAAUGAGACGGCCAGGAUAGCGGGUAACAACAAAGGCAUCAACCGUCAGCCUAUCAACCUCAAAAUUUACUCUCCGCAUGUUCUGAACUUGACCUUGGUCGAUUUGCCGGGAUUGACCAAGGUUCCCAUCGGGGACCAGCCUUCGGACAUUGAGAAGCAAACUCGGACCCUCAUUUCUGAGUAUAUCGCGAAGCCAAACAGUAUCAUUCUAGCCGUCUCUCCCGCAAACGUCGAUAUCGUCAACUCGGAGGCUCUCAAACUGGCUCGUCAUGUGGAUCCCCUGGGAAGAAGGACAAUUGGUGUCCUCACAAAGUUGGAUCUGAUGGAUCACGGAACAAAUGCCCUCGAUAUUCUGUCCGGUCGCGUGUAUCCCCUCAAGCUCGGUUUCAUCGGAGUCGUCAAUCGAUCACAACAAGAUAUUCAGACCAAUAAACCAAUGUCGGAGGCUCUCAAAUCAGAGGCCGAGUUCUUUAGACAUCAUCCCGCCUACCGGAAUAUGGCAACGAGAUGCGGAACGCAGUAUCUCGCAAAGACUCUCAAUACCACUCUGAUGGCGCAUAUUCGAGAUAGAUUGCCCGAUAUCAAGGCGAGGUUGAACACCUUGAUGGGCCAGACACAACAAGAGCUUGCAAGUUACGGUAGCAAGCAGUUCAGUGGCAAGGAGCAUCGUGGCUCAUUAAUUCUGCAGCUGAUGACACGCUUUGCAAACUCGUUCAUCUCCUCUAUCGACGGUACAUCGUCGGAAAUCUCGACCAAAGAGCUUUGUGGUGGCGCUCGGAUUUACUACAUCUUCAACUCCGUUUUCGGCAAUUCUCUGGAGACCAUCGAUCCAACUCACAACUUGUCAGUGCUCGACAUCCGGACGGCGAUUCGAAAUUCAACUGGACCCCGACCGAGUCUUUUCGUACCUGAACUAGCCUUUGAUCUGUUGGUAAAGCCUCAAAUCAAGCUGCUAGAGAUCCCCAGUCAACGAUGCGUCGAAUUAGUGUACGAGGAACUCAUCAAAAUCUGCCAUACCUGCGGGUCGCAGGAAUUGUCCAGAUUCCCCAGACUGCAGGGCAAGCUUAUCGAGGUCGUGUCAGACCUUCUGAGGGAGCGAUUGGGGCCCGCCUCGAAUUAUGUCGAAUCGUUGAUCUCUAUCCAACGCGCAUACAUCAACACAAACCACCCGAACUUCCUCGGAGCGGCGGCAGCCAUGUCUUCAGUCAUUGCCAGCAAGAACGAGAAAGACAGGAAAGCGGCGCAAGCAGAAGAAAAGCGGAAACGAGAGAAGCAACGGAUGAAGCAGCUAGGUGCCAAUGGUACUGCCACUCCGGACGAGGAGGACGCCGAACUGGAGGACAAAGCUACGGCACUCCCGGUGCGAAAACAUCCCUCCGCCACUCGCAGCAUGUCUCCUGCUGUCGGGCGUGAGAAUGGAUUUGGUAGUGCCUCUGGCGCAGCAGGCAACUCCGGCACCGCCCGAGAUUCCUUCUUGAACUAUUUCUUUGGUAAGGACGGAGGAAUGCCCUCCGGUGCGCCAUCGAUGCCGCCCGCGUCUACAAACCCGCAUCGCCACCCAACCCAGAACAUUGAAGUAAGCUUCUCUCAGAGCAUGCGGCGGAUGGAAAGGGGUAGCUUCACUGAUCGGACGCCUGCGUUCCCUCCUCCAAUGCAUGAUGACUACGCCGUUUCCGAGUACGGCGACUCCCACUCUCUCUUCCCGGAGCAAUCCGCCGAGCCCGUUUUGACAGAUCGUGAGGCUCUCGAAACCGAACUCAUCCGCCGCCUGAUAAGUUCUUAUUUCAACAUCGUGCGUGAAACCAUUGCGGACCAGGUGCCGAAAGCAAUUAUGCAUCUUCUCGUCAACCAUAGCAGGGACGAGGUCCAGAACCGCCUGGUUUCGGAGCUGUACAAAGAGGAACUGUUCGGCGAACUACUCUACGAGGACGACGGAAUCAAAAAGGAAAGAGAGAAAUGCGAGAAAUUGCUCGCCACCUACAAAGAGGCGGCUAAGAUCGUGGGAGAGGUCUUGUAA